GGCUGGGCUUCGGCGCUGCUGCGGCCCCCCGCCCGCCUCGUCUCUGCGCUGAGCCCGGCGGCGGCGGCGGCGGCGGAAGAGGAGGCCGAAGAUGGGGGACUUCUACGACCCGGAGCACCCGACCCUCGACACAACUUUCAUGUCGAAGGAUCCCAGUGGACAUCAUAAACCUAAUGCGUCCAGCAUCCCUGAAAUGCAGUCACCUCUGAGGUGGAAAGGGGCAGACAACUGGUGUAUCUUUCCCCAGAAUAUGGAUGGGUCUGAAGAGGUAGAAAGAGAAGAAGAGAACGAGGGUAAGACUGAAAAUGCCCAGAAACCAGGCUUUGUCAAAGGGCCAGUAUUCAAAGGAGUGGCAUCUAGCCGCUUUUUGCCCAAAGGCACCCGGACAAAAGUUAAUCUUGAGGAACAAGGCAGGCAAAAGGUGUCCUUCAGCUUCAGCCUAACCAAGAAAACCUUGCAGAACAGAUUUCUGACAGCUCUUGGAAAUGACAAGCAAAAUGAGACUCCAAGCUCCCCAGCUGCACCUCUUCAAACUGACUUUGCCUCUAAAAUUAAAAUUGAUCUUGGGGAUUUUUCUGGAGCCCCAGACGAAUUUUCACCACCAAAGCCUAAGGUAGAGUUAGGCAAGAUCCAUUUCAAAAAACAUCUGCUGAAUGUUACGACCAAGCCUUCCCCAGCAGUUGUGGUCUCACCAACAGUGUCGUUUGCUCCAGCUGCGGCAACAGAAUUAGCAGAUUUACCCUCAUCACCCCCACCACCGCCGCCGCCUCCUCCUCCUCCACCACCAGCACUACCUGCACCAACACCCACACUGUCCCCUGCUACUUUCUCACCAGUUCCAGUAGCAGUACCCAUAGCAGCUUCACCUCCGCUGCCGCUACCUAUAGAAACUGCUGUCCGAAUGACAAAUAAAGCUCCACAAGAAACUUUCCAGCUAAAUGCGGCUCAGAAUGCUGUGCUGGAUGGCUCAGAAGAACACUUCGUUCAGGUUGUUUCUGAGGGAGCAGAAACAGUCCCAGCAAAAGCAGAUUCCCAUAUUGGGAAAGAGGAGGAAGCUUCAGAGAGUCCCAAGUGUGCUUACGCCAGUUCUAAGAAACAGAGUUCAAAGAGGAAGUUCUCUCAGCCCGAUGGCACGCUGCCAGCUUCUGAGUCUGAUGAAGAUUCUGUGAGGACUUCCUCAAGCCAGAGGUCCCAUGAAAUUAAAAUAUCAACUAGCUCGGAGAAAGAAAAAGAGUCACGAAAGAGCUCUGCUUCUCUCAGAACUGAAGACCAGGCAAAAUUCUCAUCACGGUCUAGAUCUGACAGAGAUGAAAAAUAUUCCAGUUACUCCAGAUCUGAUAGAGACUCUAGGUACUCUUCCUCCCGUUCCAGAUCUGACCGAGGGAGGAGGCGGAGCAGAUCUCGUUCUCGUUCUAGAUCUGAGAGAGGUUCUAGAACCAGUUCUUCUUAUUCAAGAUCCGAACGGUCUCAUUACUAUGACUCUGACCGGAGGUACCAUAGGAGCUCACCAUAUAGAGAAAAGACACGUUAUUCUCGUUCUUACAUGGAUAGUAGGACAAGAGAGAGUUCAGAUUCCGAAGAGGAGUAUCGGAGAACAUAUUCCAGAUCUACAGAUUCAAGGCGUACAUCUUCUCAUUCCUCAUCUUACAGAGACUCUAGGACUUCUUCCUAUUCCAAGUCUGAUCGGGAUAGCAAGACAGAAUCCUCCCACGCUGACUUGGAGAGAAAAGGGAAGCCUACAAAAUCAGACCGAGAAUCCAAAAGGAUUUCAGAAAGUGACGUAUCAAAGAGGUGCUCUCCAGUGAGUGAAAUGGGACAUCGAAGGGGAACAUCCUAUUCUAGAGUAGACAGUAGUGUGAGUUCUUCCCGUCACAAGUCGUCCUCUUCAAAGUCGUCAUCUGCUCCAAAGUCAGAUAAAUUUAAAAGUUCUUUCUGUUGUACAGAAUCUGAGGAAAUCAGAGAGCAGUCUAAUUGUAUAGACUCAGAGGCACCUUGUGUACAAAAGUGUGAAGCAGAAACUAUUACACAGAAGCCAGAAACAGAAAGGAUGGUUUCAGUAUUAAGUCAGUUGAACGAUUCAACUACUUUCAAAAAGCUAGAUGAGUCAAAAGAGGGUUCUCCUAUUUCUAGGUCUAUUGAACUUGCAGGAAUGGAUAGCCAUGACAGUAUUAAGGAAGUGGAAUCUUUAGUUAAGGUAAAACACGAUAAUUUAAGAAAUUGUUCUCCAGUGGAACUGAAUAUAAAUGGAUCUCCAGAAGGCAGGCCCAGAGAUACCACAUUGUUCUGUACCUCCAAACUGGAGGCAGUUGCAGUGACUUCUGACGAUAGUUCAGAUAGUUCUGAGGUGCCACUUCGAGUCAAGAGCCCUGAUUUAGAUGAGUUAUCACCUGACGGGCUUCAAACUGUAUAUCUUUCUAAAGGACAUGAUCCAGACGAUUCCCCUCUUCUUACUCAUGAGUCAAACAGUUUGCUUAAAGGGAAAAAAGUUCCAGUUCCUUCAGAAUAUGAAUUUGUACCCUCCUGUAUUAUGAGUGUAAAUCAUUCUAAAACAUUACCUAAAGUGGAUGACCCGACAGAUCCCUGUAGUAAAACCAAAGAUCCAACCCCUUGCUACCUUUCAGAUGACGCCACUCCUUCGUUGUAUUAUUCAGAAAUUGAAAUUGAAGCAGAAUCUUCUGAUCCGAAAGCUUAUCAGGAAUCUCUCAUGGACAUCCAUGUAGAACCACCAGCUGACACGUACAGCUAUGAUGAGGAUCAAAAUUUGUCACAGACUGCUACUGAAGGUGAAAAAUGUGUUGCUAGAAGUUUCAGUUUAUCAGAGGGUAGCCCAAUCAGAGAUUCUUCUACAGAAGAGUGUUCCAUGGAAUUGAAGAUAGACAAUCAGUUUAUUGCACAACAGCCACCUUCAGAAAAUGUGUUCUCCCAGUUGGAGAGAACCUUGCUGAAAAAGAGGGAAGAGCUCCUGGAGUGUCCUGAGGUUGCACUUGAAAUAGAUGCGGAGCAUGUUGAUUCCAUUAUAGAAAAAACAAAAUCACCCUUUAAAAAUGAGCAUUCUUAUUACCUAGAGAUGCCAGUAGAAGAUGUGGUAAAAGAGGAGCCAGAUGGAGAGGAGGAUUUGGUUGCCCUUGACGAAAGGACCAUGUCUGAUGUGAAAGGCUGUUGUCCUGAAGUUUUGAUGAUGAAGGACAAAGAGGACUCCUUGGUGGGAUCUGCAUUUUCAGAAGCCUUGUCCCCGUCUUGCGAUAUUGUUGUGACUGUAGAAGAAACGGAAAUGAUAGCUGAAGCUCCAGGAUGUGACAGUAGCGGCAGUACUCCUGAACUCAUUUCCAUUCACAAUGAAGAUUAUUCCGACACAGCUGAAAGUGUGAGUGAACAGGACAGCGAGGAAAGUGAUACAGAGGACUCAGAUUCGGAUGACAGCAGUGUUCCACGGAAUCGCCUUCAGUCCGUUGUGGUCAUCCCGAAGAAUUCCACAAUAACCAUGGAGGAAAGCAGUUCUUCUUCCUCUCGGAACAGCCAGAAUAACAGGCGCUAUUUGGAUCACUGGGAAGAUGGCAGGCUGGAAUCCAGCAAGCUAUAUUACGAAGAAAUACAGGAGGACAUGGAGCCGAAUCAUCUUCCUCAGCAUGAAAGCAAGAGCGUGCCUUCCAGAGGUGCAGAGGGAAGCCUAGCAACAUCUGUGGAGCUCAGUAGAAUAGAGCCUGAAAACCUGCAACGCGAUGCCUUCCAGCCUCAAAGUGAUGGUGUUGACAGUACCAGCCCACCAGAGCUAUCAUCCAGUUCUAUUAGCAAGCUGAAUCCAGAUGAAAGAACAGCAUUAAAUGAACCAAUGUCCGUGACUCAGUUGCCACAGCAAGAGGAGCUGUGCUACUUUGACAAGAAUUAUGAAGUGGCCAAUAAUACAUGUAGGCAGCCCACUGUUUCCAAACCAGACAGUAGACAAGGGAAGUCUGGUUUAAGUGAUAUCGCUGACACCCGAAGAAACUUCUCCAGAGAAGAUGGCUUUCAUUCAGCAGAGGACAUGGGUAACUUGGGGUGGGACUUCUCCCAGCCAGAGAAACCUAGCAGCACAUAUCAGCAGCCUGACAGCAGCUAUGGCAUUUUCCCUGGUUAUAUUUACCCACCAGGUUCAGGACCAUAUGUUGGGUCGCAUAACUACUGGCCUGACAACGGCUAUUGGGACCCAAGGUUAAGUAAUAGGCCCUCUGAGAUAACUUAUGAGCGAAUACAGGGGCCAGUCCCUGAUUCACUAACAGAAGACCAUGAGGAAUAUGAAGAAGUUGACCGCUGGGUUGAUGAAAGCCAGUCCUACUUCUCCGACCAGUCAAAUCAGUUCCAGGCACGUGACCCUAGAGAGAAGGGUUCUGUGCAGGCGCACGAGAUAAGUAGCAACUCUGCUAAGGAGCCUGCAGCUGCAAGCGAGAGAAAAGAAUACGCUAAGACUUUAGGUAGAAAUGACGUGAAAGAGCGAGGGCCACUGAAGAAGAGGAGGCAGGAUUUGGAGAGUGACUCGGAGAGUGACGGGGACUCCCGGGAAAGGAAAAAGGUGAAGAUGGAGGGCGAGCAGUUACCAGUUCUGCCUCAGGACUCUUCAAUGGUUCGGCCUCUGUGUAUAAUGGAAGACUUUAGGGACCCACAGCGUUGGAAAGAGUUUGCCAAGCAAGGGAAAAUGCCUUGCUACUUCGACCUUAUUGAAGAAAAUGUCUAUUUAACAGAAAGGAAAAAGAAUAAAUCGCACCGUGACAUCAAGCGGAUGCUGUGCGAAUGCCCAAUGCUUUCCAAAGAUGAGAGAGCUCAAGGGGAGGUGGCAUGUGGAGAAGAUUGUCUCAACCGCCUGCUCAUGAUAGAAUGUUCUUCGAGGUGCCCAAAUGGGGAGCACUGUUCCAACAGGAGGUUCCAGAGGAAGCAGCACGCCGAUGUGGAAGUCAUCCUGACCGAGAAGAAAGGCUGGGGGCUGAGAGCAGCAAAAGACCUCCCAUCCAACACCUUCGUACUGGAAUACUGUGGGGAGGUACUUGAUCACAAAGAAUUUAAAGCCCGAGUUAAAGAGUAUGCCCGAAGCAAGAACAUCCAUUACUACUUCAUGGCAUUGAAAAACGAUGAGAUAAUAGACGCCACUCAGAAAGGAAACUGCUCUCGUUUCAUGAAUCACAGCUGUGAACCAAAUUGCGAGACGCAGAAGUGGACUGUAAAUGGACAGCUGAGGGUUGGCUUUUUCACCACCAAGUUAGUACCAUCGGGCUCUGAGCUAACAUUUGACUACCAGUUCCAGAGAUAUGGCAAAGAAGCACAGAAGUGUUUCUGUGGCUCUGCCAAUUGCCGCGGUUACCUUGGAGGAGAGAACAGAGUCAGCAUUAGAGCUGCAGGAGGCAAAAUGAAAAAGGAGCGGUCUCGUAAAAAAGAUUCGGUGGAUGGAGAGUUAGAGGCCCUCCUGGAGAAUGGAGAAGGGCUUUCUGAUAAGAACCAAGUUCUCAGCUUGUCCCGACUCAUGGUGCGGAUUGAGACUCUGGAACAGAAGCUCACCUGUCUCAAACUCAUACAGAACACUCAUUCUCAGGCCUGCCUGAAGUCCUUCUUAGAAUGCCAUGGGUUGUCCCUUCUUUGGAUCUGGAUGGCGGAGCUUGGUGAUAGCAGAGGAAACAACUUGAAGCUUCAGCUAGAGAUUAUGAAGACCUUGGAGCUCUUGCCUAUUCCCAAUAAAAAUAUGUUGGAGGAGAGCAAAGUGCUUCCGAUUAUCCAGCGCUGGUCCCAAACCAAGCUGGUGAUUCCGCAUCUGAGCGAGGGGGACGGCUACUCCAGCGAGAACCCCUCACGGGCUCAUACCCCACUCAACACACCAGAUCCUUGCACCAAGCCAAAUGCAGAGAUUGACACAGAGACCCCCAAGAAGCUUGCUUUCCGGAGGCUCAAAAUCAUCAGUGAAAACAGCAUGGACAGUGCAAUCUCAGACACUGCCAGUGAGAUUGAAUUAAAGGAGGGGAAAGAGGACCUUGAGCAUCCAGACAGUGCCCCCGUAGAAGCAGUAGAGGCAGUAGACCAGCCACCACAACUGGAGCCCUGCAAGGAAGUGGCCAUGGAGGUCUUGUUGGACGCAAGCAAACCUCAGCCUGCAGAGCAGGAGGCUGAGCCUGAAGCCGAGGUGAAGGAAGGCAGUGCCGCAAAGCUGGAGGAGUCCAUUGCUGCUGAAACACCUUCUCAAGACGAAGAGGAGGGUGUGUCAGACGUGGAGAGCGAAAGGAGCCAAGAACAGACUGAUAAGAUAGUGGACGUGAGCGAUUUGGCUACCAGGCUUCUGGACUGCUGGAAAGACCUAAAAGAGGUGUACAGGAUCCCCAAGAAGAGUCAAGUGGAAAAAGAGACCAGUGCAGAACGUGGGCGAGAGACAGCAGGUCGUGACCCAGCUGCUACCCCGAAAAACCUGAGCAGAGAACGAGAUCCUGAAAGGCGAAGCCAAAGCAAAGAAAAGAAAAAACGGAGAGAUUCUCUGUCGCCCCCUUCGGCAUACGAGCGAGGCACCAAACGGCCAGAUGACCGAUACGACACACCAGCCACAACCUCCAAGAAGAAAGUCCGGAUCAAGGACCGCAACAAACUGUCCACAGAAGAACGCAGGAAGCUCUUUGAGCAGGAGGUUGCCCAGCGGGAGGCUCAGAAGCAGCAGCAGCAGUUGCAGAACCUUGGGAUGGCGUCCCCUCUUCCCUACGACUCCAUGGCCUACAGCGCCUCUCACCACGCCUUUAUGGGUUAUCCCCCCGGCUACCCCAUGCAAGCGUAUGUGGAUCCCACAAACCCUAAUGCCGGCAAGGUGCUACUCCCUACUCCAAGUAUGGAUCCCAUGUGCUCCCCGGCAGCCUAUGAGCACCCUCAGACUUUGGUGGGACACACAAUUGAACCAACCCUGACUGCUCCUCAGCCGGUGCCCGUAGUUCAGCAUGUAGCAACAACCCUGGAGGUCUCAACCCCACAGUACGUAGCUCCAAGCGAUCCUGUGGUCCACCAGGAACAGAGCGUCACAGUCUUGCCGGUGCCAGCUCCGGGGCCAGUGCAAGGACAGAGCUAUGGAGUUUGGGAUUCCAGCCAGCAGACGGUAGCGGUGCAGCCCCCUUACUCUCCGGCACAGUCACAGCCAGCCAUAUACUACCAAGGACAAGCGUGUCAGACUGUUUACGGGGUCACGUCACCGUAUUCUCAGACCACACCACCAAUUGUACAGAGUUAUGCACAACCAGGCCUCCAGUAUAUUCAGGGGCAGCAGAUCUAUGCUGCCCAUCCCCAGGGUGUUGUGGUGCAGCCCACAACAGCUGUGACAACAAUUGUAGCAGCAGGACAGCCUCCACCUAUACAGCAGCCGGAGCUUGUGGUGACCAACAACCUCCUAGACCUGCCUCCACCCUCCCCUCCAAAGCCCAAAACCAUCGUCCUCCCUCCUAAUUGGAAAACAGCCCGAGAUCCAGAGGGGAAGAUCUAUUACUACCACGUGGUCACAAGGCAAACCCAGUGGGACCCCCCAACCUGGGACAGCCCAGGGGAUGAUGCCAGCCUGGAACAUGAAGCUGAAAUGGAUCUUGGGACCCCAACGUAUGACGAAAAUCCAAUGAAGUCUUCCAAAAAACCCAAAACAGCGGAAGCAGACACUUCCAGUGAGUUGGCAAAGAAAAGCAAGGAAGUGUUUCGGAAGGAGAUGUCUCAGUUCAUCGUGCAAUGCUUGAACCCCUAUCGCAAGCCAGACUGCAAAGUUGGCCGGAUAACCACGACUGAAGAUUUCAAACAUCUUGCACGCAAGCUGACCCACGGAGUGAUGAACAAAGAGCUGAAAUACUGCAAAAACCCCGAAGACCUGGAAUGCAAUGAGAACGUGAAGCACAAGACAAAAGAGUACAUCAAGAAAUAUAUGCAGAAAUUCGGGGGCAUUUACAAACCCAAAGAGGACACUGACUUGGAAUAGUGACCGAGGGCAGGAGCUCCACGUUCCUCUUCAGAGCUUACAGCCAGCUUCUUUUGCACAGGAUUCCUGGCCACCUGGGGACCCUCUUGGUAAACCACAGCAUGAAUCUUGUGGCUCGUGCGACUCCAUUUCUGAGCCGCCUUUCGGGAGACCAGGUCGGAGCUGCAGAACGACCGACAUCCGCCUGCUAUCCAGCUGUGACUCUGCACCUCGCUUUGUGUGUGCUGUCUGGCGGUGGUGCUGUUCAGUGCAAUGCCCCACGAACACAUCCUGUCUCCCCACUCAAGAUCUGUAUUAUAUUUUAACGUAUAUGUGAAUAUAUUGAGGUUUUUCUCUCCCAUGCCCUUAUCUCUCCCGACUCCACGUGUUGAUAUCAUGGGAACACUUUGUAAGAAUAGUUUUGAAGUUUUCUUCUUUUGUUCUCUGCAAGGUUUAAUCUGUUAUCAUGUAAAUAUUGGCAAACUGGCCACCUCUGGGUUUCUGGCAGGCCACGUGCUAUGUUGAUAAGAUUGAUUUUACUGCUUAAAAUCAUUUUACUUUAUCCAAUUUUUACUGAAGUUUUUAUGUAAAAGAAAAAAAUAAAAAAUUAAAUAAAAUGGCAAAUGAAACAAUGCCAUUGUAUGGCCUUGC